AUGGUGUCGGGUCCGGUCGGAUUUUGUUUGAUUCUUCUGGGCACGGUUCUUGUUUUCCACACGGUUGCUGCCGGCGGUGCUACGACGGAGAAGGGAGUAACGUACGACGGACGGUCUUUGAUUAUCGAUGGACAGAGGAAACUUCUCUUCUCCGGUUCAAUUCAUUAUCCUCGCAGCACACCCGAGAUGUGGCCGUCUCUAAUAAAAAAGACAAAGGAAGGAGGCAUCGAUGUGAUCCAAACGUACGUUUUCUGGAACCUCCAUGAGCCUAAGCUUGGACAGUAUGAUUUUAGCGGAAGAAACGAUUUGGUGAAGUUUAUUAAAGAAAUUAGAUCGCAAGGUCUCUAUGUCUGUCUACGUAUUGGACCGUUCAUCGAAGCCGAGUGGAACUACGGGGGAUUGCCAUUUUGGUUACGGGAUGUACCCGGUAUGGUUUAUCGAACCGACAAUGAGCCCUUCAAGUUCCACAUGCAACAAUUCACCAGUAAAAUCGCAAAUUUGAUGAAAUCAGAGGGCUUAUAUGCUUCCCAAGGAGGUCCAAUUAUUCUUUCCCAGAUCGAGAACGAGUACGGGAACGUGGAGGCGGCUUUUCGUGAGAAAGGAGCAUCAUACGUCAAGUGGGCAGGUCAAAUGGCUGUGGGGCUUAAGACCGGCGUGCCAUGGAUCAUGUGCAAACAGCCUGACGCUCCUGAUCCGGUGAUCAACACGUGCAACGGAAUGAGAUGCGGCGAGACAUUUCCAGGACCAAACUCACCCAAUAAACCGAAAAUGUGGACUGAGGACUGGACAUCCUUCUUUCAGGUUUACGGAUCAGAGCCUUAUAUUAGAUCUGCUGAGGAUAUUGCUUUCCAUGCUGCUCUUUUCGUCGCAAAAAACGGAAGCUAUAUCAACUAUUACAUGUACCAUGGUGGAACAAACUUUGGAAGGACUUCAUCUUCAUAUUUUAUUACAGGAUACUAUGAUCAAGCUCCUCUGGACGAAUACGGUCUUUUAAGACAGCCUAAGUAUGGUCAUUUGAAGGAGCUUCAUGCUGCGAUAAAAUCAUCUGCAAAUCCUCUGCUUCAAGGGAAGCAAACGAUUCUUUCCCUGGGACCAAUGCAACAAGCUUAUGUAUUUGAAGACCCGAGCAGUGGAUGCGUCGCGUUUCUGGUAAACAACGACGCGACUAAAGUCAUUCAAAUGAAAUUUAGAAACAAUGCGUAUAGCUUGCGUCCCAAGUCAAUCGGUAUUCUUCAGAACUGCAAAACCCUAAUCUAUGAAACAGCAAAAGUUAGCGUGGCGAAGAACAUAAGAGUUACAACGCCGGUUCAAGUUUUUAACGAUCCGGACAAAUGGGAAGUAUUUAGAGAAACAAUCCCAACAUUCUCAGGAGCAUCUUUGAAGAAAAAUGUUCUGUUAGAACAUACUUACUUAACUAAGGACAAAACUGAUUAUCUCUGGUACACUUCAAGGUUUAAGCCGGAUUCACCCUGUGCGAAACCGUCUCUCUAUAUUGAAUCAUCAGGACAUGUUGUUCACGUGUUCGUCAACAAUGCACUUGCAGGAUCCGGACAUGGAAGCAGAGACAUAAGGGUAGUUAAACUCCAAGUUCCGGUUAGCUUAGUCAAUGGACAAAACAACAUUUCGAUCCUUAGCGGCAUGGUUGGUCUACCGGACUCUGGAGCUUACAUGGAGAGGAAAUCUUAUGGACUAACCAAAGUUCAAAUUAGCUGUGGUGGAACAAAAACCAUCGAUUUGAGUGGAUCUCAAUGGGGCUACUCGGUGGGCUUGCUUGGGGAAAAAGUUAAGUUACAUCAAUGGAGGAAUCUACAGAGAGUGAAGUGGAGUACCAAUAACGCUGGACUCAUCAAGAACCGCCCUCUUGCUUGGUACAAGACGACGUUUGAUGGGCCGAAAGGAGAUGGUCCGGUGGGCCUAAACAUGGGUAGUAUGGGUAAAGGAGAAAUAUGGGUGAAUGGCGAAAGCAUUGGUCGUUAUUGGGUCUCCUUUCUAACUCCUUCUGGCCAUCCUUCUCAAUCUAUAUAUCAUAUUCCAAGGGCCUUUUUGAAACAAUUUGGAAAUUUAUUGGUGGUAUUGGAAGAGGAAGGUGGUGAUCCUCUUGGGAUUUCUUUGAAUACAAUAUCGGUUGUUGGUUCAAACCAAGCUCAAUCUCAAUCUCAAUUUUCAUGA